AUGCCCCGUCGCAAGGCCGCUGAGCGCACGCUGCCGCAUAAGUCGCGCUCCCGCAACGGCUGCCUGACGUGCCGCAAGAGGAAGAUCAGAUGCGACGAGGGCAAGCCCCUCUGCUCCAACUGCCGCGACAAGGGCCUGCAGUGCCUCCGCGGCGUCACCCUGAAAUGGGAGCAGGAGUAUGCUUCUCGCGGUCUAGCCUUCGGCCGCAGCGGAAUCUGGAGCAAGCAUGGCGCCUCGCAGGACGAUGCUCCUCGCCGCGUUUCCGACGUGGUGCACUGGCUCCCGCUGCCCUACAUCCAGCCCUACCACUUCGUCAACAGCACCAUCGAGGGCUUUGAAGAAUCGCUAGCUGAGCAGGAAGAGCUCAGUUGGUUUUCCACCGCCGACGAUGGCUUCCUCGCCCUUUCUCCCCGCCCUGGCUCGUCCUCGUCCUCCAUCUCCGGGUACGGUCAGGGGGGCCAGAUGAUUCCGCUCGGCAUGCACCCGCAACCCGCAAUGCUCCUCUCGCCGACCGAGUUCCCCCAGCUUGAGAAUCCUUCCCAUGCCCCGUUGCUGGACUAUUACAUCCAGAAACUGUGUCCUCUCACCACCCCGAGCGUCCGCUCCGAUUCGCCCUUUGCCUCCCUCAUCCUUCCAUUUUCUAUCCACGCCUCAUCUACAGCCCUCAACUCGGUCCUCGCUCUCUCUGCACGACAUCUUUCGAAGUCAAACCGGACGUGGAAAUCGGUUGCCAUGCAGCUCGAGGGCAAAGUGCUCCAUUCUCUCCGACGACGUCUCAUGACCGACGACCCGGUGUGCGUGGCCCUGGAUCCCGAAGUCCCCACCAUCAUGAUGAUGCUGUGUCUCUACGAAAUCAUCAACAAGUGCGAUGCGCGCUGGGUCGUCCAUUUGCACGGUGCCCGCGACCUGAUCCGCACCCGCCGCCGGCUCCUCACAAACGCCAGGCGCAACAGCACCAGCAACACCAACAACGACCUGCUCAACUUCUCCGAGCGCUUCUUCGCCUACCAAGACGUCAUCGGCCGCACCGCCUGCGGCGAGGUCCCCAUCUUCGGCGAGGACUACUGGGACGCCAGCGACGCCACCGCCGACCCCUGGCUAGGCUGCUCGCCCAAGCUCGUCUCCAUCAUCUGCUCCAUCACCGAACUAUCCCGCGCCCGACGCCGCCGCUGCUCCCCCUCCUCCCCCUCCGCUUCUCGAACCCCCUCCUCCUCCUCCUUCUCCUCCUCCUCCCGAACCUCCUCCUCCCCACCCGCCUCCUCACCAUCCGACACCAGCAACCCCGCCCACGCCUUCGCCCUCGAAGCCGCCGCCCUCGAAACGCGCCUCAACAGCAUCCGCCAACUCGUCCCCGACGCGCCCCACGACGCGGCCCUGCGCCGCUGCGCCGAAGCCAAGCGCCUCGCCGCCAUCGUGUACCUGUACUGCGCCCUCUACGGCGCCUCGCCCGCCACCCCGCUCGUCGCCGCCCACGUCCGCCAGGUCCUGCGCCUCAUCCACGACGCCAUCACUACCACCACCGCCGCUGCUCCUUCCACCAACGCCGCCGGAUUGAUCUGGCCGCUCUUCGUCGCCGCCGUCGAGCUCGAUCCGCUGGACGAUGAGCUGUGGGUCGAUGAAUGCACGGGCCGGCCUGUUUAUGGCCGCCCGUUGGUGCUGCGCGCCUUCGACAGGCUGGCCAAGGCGAGCAUCAGCAACGUGGUGCGUACGCGCGAUGUUGUGAGUAAGGUGUGGGCGAUACGGGAGAGGGAGAUGGUGGUGGGCGGGAGUCCGGUGUCGGCGCCGGCGGUGAUGGUGAGGGAAGGGGGCGAGGGAGAGGAGGCGGAGAGGAAUGAUUGGGAGAGGUGUGUGGCGCCGCUGAGUAUCAAUAUGAGCUUGGUUGGUUGA